GCUGGAGGGCGCUGUGACGUCAUGAAGACGCCGAGAUGCAGCCCGUCACGCGGGCAGCUGAGUUCAUCAACACCAUCUGCACUUCCGGGGUUCUCUCUCUCUCUCUCCAUGUUUAAAAUGUAUUUAUUAAUUACUUAAUUCAUGUAUUUAUCAUUUGAACUAACGAUCAGCCCGAGAGGAAACUAAGACAGCGUCUUUUAUGCCAUACGGACUACAGCAGUCUGGCUCUGUGCGUGUUGCCCCCCCCCCCCCCCCCCCCCCGCGGUGUGAUGGGGGCGGAGCGAGAGCCCGGGCCCCCCCCCUCGGUGCCCUGGAAGAAGGUCCUGUACGAGCAGCAGCCCUUCCCUGACAACUACGUGGACCGGCGCUUCCUGGAGGAGCUGCGCAAGAACAUGUACGUGCGGCACUACCGCUACUGGAGCGUGGUGUACGAGUCGGGGCUGGUGGCGCAGCAGCUGUCCUGCGUGUGCAUCUUCGUGCUGCUCUGGGGGCACAUGGACCAGGGGCUGCUCUCGCCGCACUGGCUCAUCGCCGCCGGGCUGGUCGGCUCCCUGGUCGGCUACGCGCUGUACGACCUGGUGGACUGGGGGCGGGGGCGGGCGCGGUGUGGGCGGAGCCGCUGGGCCGACCUGAAGAGCACGGCCAUCUUCCUGGCGUUCACGUACGGCUUUUCGCCCGUGCUCAAGACCCUGACCGAGGCCGUGAGCACGGACACCGUCUACGCCAUGGCCUCCCUCAUGCUGCUCGCCCACCUGCUGUUCUUCGAGUACGGAGCCCCCCCCGACGUGGUGUCCAGCGGCUUCUCCCUCAACGUGGCUAUCUUCGCCUCGGUCUGCCUGGCCUCGCGGCUGCCCGGCCCGCUCCACGCCUUCGCCACCGUCACCUGCGCCAUCCAGGUGUUCGCUCUGUGGCCCACACUGCUCCGCAGGCUCAAGGCCAGCGCCCCCUGUGGCUACGUGGCGGGUGUGGCGCUGGUGUGCAUGGCGGGAGUGGCGGGCACGCUGAGUGUCUCGGCUGUGGGCGGUGUGCUCCUCGCUCUGCUCCUGCUCUCCGUCUCCCUGCUCUGCCCCCUCCUGCUCACCCGCCUGCAGCUCUACAAGGACAACAUCCACGGGCCUUGGGACGAGGCCGAGAUCAAGGAGGACCUGUCCCGCUUCCUGCAGUGAGAGCUGGAGCAACUCGCACUGACUCAAUCAGAGCCUCACCCUGACUCAAUCAGUGACUCACCCUGACUCAAUCAGAGCCUCCCCCUGACUCAAUCAGAGCCUCCCCCUGACUCAAUCAGAGCCUCCCCCUGACUCAAUCAGUGACUCCCCCUGACUCAAUCAGAGCCUCCCCCUGACUCAAUCAGAGCCUCCCCCUGACUCAAUCAGAGCCUCCCCCUGACUCAAUCAGAGACUCACUUGACAGACUCACUCAGAGGACACUGCUGGGGGAGCCACUCAGACACUGCGUUCUUGUGCCAGGACUCGGUGUAGAUUGACUGAAUGCAAAUUACAGCAAAGCCGGCGUCCUGCUGUGUUCUGAGAGCACAGCACAGCACACAGCACAGCACAGCACACAGCAUGGCACACAGCAGGGGUACUAGUGUUAGACUGCCUAUAUUAAGACUGCAGCCUCUCAAGAUGCAUAUUGAACUGUGGUAAAUGAUUGUGCGAGGCUCCCUUGAGGAAAUGUUUGCUGUUGCUCUGUGUUCAAGAGUGAGUUUACUGAAUUACACAUGGCUUAUUCUGACAUGUUUCAUGUAUUUUUAUCAAGUAAAAAACAUGGAAAUAAAAACGUUGUGUGUUUUGA